UCCCGAGUAUGUUCGCUUUUUCUAUUGAUCAUAUGACCCCGCCUCGCUUCCUCACCCAUUGACUUGAGCAUCUGCAUACCAGAAUCCCAGCAAGGCGGUUGUGUUUCUCUGGUCGCUUAAGUUGAGUUCUUCUCUAUUCUCUAAUUUUGCUCACAGCUAUUUAUACCAUUUGUAUUUAAUCUGCCCUUUCUGAGUCUAGGGGUUGGCUGAUGUAAUUUUAGGUUUUUUUUUUUUUGGGUGGGUAAGAUUAUUUGAUUUUACUAAGAAAAAUGAUUGAAGCGACUCAGAAAAACUAGUCUUAUAAUUGCACUUUCUCCAGCAGAUUGCUUUGACACCAUCUCCGGUUCGUUGGCAGAAUCGAGAAACUAGUCUUAAAUGGAAUUGACAACAAAGAGAGCCUGUUCAUCACCUCUUCCUUCAGCUCGUCCAUGGAAAUAUGAUGUCUUUUUCAGUUUUAGGGGGGUAGACACCCGCAAGGGUUUUACAGCCCAUUUAUAUGAAUCACUGCUACGUCAAGGAAUUAAGACUUUCACUUGUGACUCAGACUCAGAACGUCAAAGAGGAGAAGAGAUUUCUGCACAACUCUUAUCAGCAAUUAAAGAAUCAAGAAUUUCCAUCGUUGUGAUCUCUGAGAAUUAUGCUUGUUCAACAUGGUGCCUGGAUGAACUUUCAAAAAUUCUUGAAUGCUCUCAAGCGAGAGAUUCAGUUCUACCAAUAUUCUAUGAUGUGGAUCCUUCUGAUUUACGAAAGCAAAGGGGUACUUUAGCGGCAGCCUUCGUUGGCCUUGAAAAAAGGUUUAAGCAUGAAACUGAGAAGGUGGUGCGAUGGAGAGCUGCGUUAAAAGAAGUUGCUAGUAUUUCUGGGUGGAUUUCAGAGGAUAGUUGCGAUGAACCAGAGCUCAUCAAAGAAAUUGUUGCAUGCAUACUAUCUAGAGUACGUCCUGACUCUCAAGAAAAGCUGGUUGGAAUUGAUUCAAGAUUAGAACAACUGGAUUUGCUUUUAGAUGCAAGGUCAGAAGAUGUUCUCUAUAUAGGGAUAUGGGGGAUGAAUGGAAUAGGUAAGACAACCAUUGCGAAGAUGCUUUACGAAAGAAUUCGUCAUAAAUAUGAAGUCACAAGCUUUCUUGGCGGUGUUAGAGAGGAUUCUGAGACAAAUGGUCUAGUCAGUCUACAAAAAAGCCUUUCCAAGAGCCUUUUGAAUAGAGAUACAGAAGAUGGGGGCAUUCAUGAAGAAGCCCUAAUGAAUAAGUUAAGCCAAAAGAAGGUUCUUCUCAUUCUCGAUGAUGUGGACCAUAUAAGUCAGUUAGAUAAAUUAUGUGGAAAUCAAGAUUGGUUUGGUCCGGGGAGCAGAAUCCUUAUUACAACUGUAAAUGAACAACUGCUAAUUGCACAUGGUGUGGAAAGAAGAUUUAAAGUGCAGGAGUUAAAUGAAGAUGAUGCUCUUCAACUUUUUAGCUGGAGAGCCUUUAAAAGAGAUUAUCCAGAUAAAAAAUUUACAGAUCUGUCAAUAAGUUUCUUGAAUUAUGCCAAGGGACUCCCAUUAGCUCUUAAAGUGCUGGGAUCAUUUUUGUAUAAAAGAGGUCAAGAUGCAUGGAGCAGCGCAUUGUAUAAACUGAAGGAGGUUUACAAGGGAGAUGUUAUGGAUACCCUUAAAAUAAGUUAUGAUGGAUUAGACGAGCAGGAAAAAGAUGUUUUCGUUGAUAUCGCAUGCUUCUUUAAAGGAAAGUGCAAAGAUCAAGUAGUUGAAAUGCUAGACAAUAUGGGCUUUUGCUCGCGUAGUGUUAUGGAUGUUCUUAUUGAGAAGUCUCUGUUGACAAUCUCACAUAACAAGGUUUGGAUGCAUGAUUUGUUACAAGAUAUGGGAUGGGAAAUUGUUCGUCAACAAGCUACAGAACCUGGCAAACGCAGCAGGUUGUGGACCAAUGAUUCGUUAUCCUUUAUUAUAUUAUGCAAUUCACUUUUUAUUGUUCGUUAUUCGGGGACCACGGCAGUUCAUGGCAUAUCCCUGGACUUGCGUGAAUCUAAAGAGGCACAGUGGGAUUUCAGAGCCUUUUCUCAUCUGGUUAAUCUUAGUCUCCUUAAGAUCCGUGAUCCACAAGGCCUCAACUGUUUUUCUAAUUCCUUGGGGUUUCUUGAAUGGAGUGAACAUCCUUUAAAAUCUCUCCCAACAGGUUUCCAGCCGGAGAACAUUUCCGAACUCAGCAUGCAUGAUUGUAGCAUUCAACUGCUUUGUAAUGGAAAACAGAAUUUUUUCGGCUUGAAAGUCAUCGAUCUUCGUCAUUCUCUAAAUUUGACAGAAAUCCCAGAUCUUACAAGCGUCCCAAAUCUUGAGAGAUUAUGUUUUAAGGGAUGUAAACGUCUAGUUGAGAUUCACCCAUCCACAGGAGUUCUCAAAAGGCUGAUUUCCUUAAAUCUUGAAAAUUGCAGAAGUCUAAAGAGUCUUCCAAGUCAGAUUGCAAUGGAAUAUCUUGAAAGUCUUAUUCUUUCUGGUUGCUCAAAUGUUAAAAAGAUUCCCGAGUUUGGGGGACAUAUGAAGCAUUUGUUGGAUAUUUCCUUGGAUGGGACUGCAACUGAAAAUAUACCUUUGUCUGUCGAACGCCUGACUAAACUUUCUUCUUUGGAUUUGAGAAAUUGCAUAAAUCUUCGUUGUCUUCCAAGUAACAUUGGCAAAUUGACGUCUCUUCAAAGUCUUCGUCUUUCUGGAUGCUCAAAUCUUGACGCACUGCCUGAAAGCUUUGGGGAACUACGGUGUUUGGAGAAGAUUGAUUUAACUGGAACUGCUAUUAAAGAAUGGCCGUCUUCCAUUGUCCUUUUGAACCUUAAAUCAUUAUUUUUUCGUGGACCAAAAGGGCCGUCACGACAACCAUGGCAUAUGGCUCUCCCUUUUCGAUUAAGGCCAAUGAAGAGCCGUCAGCAUAUGAAUUCCUUCUUGCCUUCUCUAUCUGGGCUUCGUUCUUUAACUGAAUUAGAUCUAAGUGAUUCAAAUCUUGUUGAAGGAGCAAUCCCUGAUGAUAUAAGCUGCUUAUCCUCUUUAGUAUCUUUGAACUUAAGCGGAAACAAUUUUCAUAGCCUUCCUAUAACCAUUAGCCUACUUUCUAAGCUUGAGAACUUAUACUUGAGUGAUUGCAAGAGUCUUCAACAGCUUCCGGUCCUUUCAUCAUAUAUAACUUUAGAAGUAAUGGCCGAUGGUUGUACUUCACUCAAAACGUUGCAAUAUCCGUCAAAUUUGGACAGACUGAAGUCCUCAUGUUUCAAUUUCAUCAAUUGCAUUGGGUUGGUUGACAAAGGAGGCUGCAAGAAAAUAGCAUUUAGUAUGCUCAAAAGAUACCUUAAGAGAGUUCCAUAUCCUGGCGAUAGAUAUGAAAUUGUAAUUCCUGGAACUGAAAUUCCUUCAUGGUUCAGCCAUCAAAGAGUGGGGUCUUCAGUAAGUGUACAGCUAACUCCGCGUUGGCAUGAUAAUAAGUGGAAGGGAUAUGCUCUGUGCACUGUUUUUGAAGUAUUUGGCAGUGGAUGGGAGCUCAAUUGUUUUUUGAAAGUCAAUGGGAAAGAACAGUAUCCUGCACCUCUAUUAGUAACUAAUGUCCAGCCUUUGUCAGAUCAUCUUUGGCUAUUGUACAUCUCUCGUGAUUUAACAUUUGGGAAUGAGUGGCAACACAGCUGCAAUCAGUUAAUAUUUUCAUUCAAGAGCUCAGGCCCCAGCUUGGUAAAGAAGUGUGGUGCCCGUUUGGUGUAUGAACAAGACGUUGAAGAGUUCAACAGAAUGUUGACCCAUUCCAGCCGCACGAUUUCACCUUAUGAGGCUACAAAUGUCCAUCAUGAUGAAAACUCUACAUCUCUGCAAGGUGCCAUUGUCCAGCCAAAUUACAAUCACUGUGAGUGGAAAGGACUAUAUGGAAGUAGUAGUUUUCAUGAGGAAUCAGAAUUCAAAAGAUUUCGAAGAAUAUGAAAGUUUUGAUCACUGGAUGCCCCUAAAUAGUCUUAGAGGCUAAUAUGGUAUGAUACUUCUCUCAAGAUAGUCUCUCAGUCACAAUCUCAAUUUCUGUGAGCCAGUAGAUGUGUUUCAUAAUUGUUUAUGCUAACAUUUUAUGCCCCUUUUCUUUUGCGUUUGGUGUCUUUUUGUUUACUUGUGAAAAUAUACUUCCUUUGUCAGUCGAACACCUGACAAGACUUUAUUUAUUAGAAAUGAGAAAUUGCAUGAGACUGAAUUCUCCUGUUCUCAAAAGGUUUAUUCCUUGAAUCUUAAAGAUUGUAAAAGUCUAGAGAGUCUUCCAGGUCAGUGAAAAAGUCUAGAGAGCCAGUUGAUGUGUUUCACAAUUGUUUAUGCUAACAUUUUAUGUUUCUUUUCUUUUAAGAUUAUUCAUCAAGUGGAGUAUAGCUUGGUUGAGUUCUUUCACCUCUUCACUCAUGUGGGCAGAGGUUCGAAACCCACAUGCAACUAAUGAAUAUUUUUGUAAAUUCCCUUUCUCUAAUCGCUUGUACUAAUUAAAAAUAAAAUAAAAAUUAUCCAUUAUUUUACAAAUAAAAAAUUCAAAUCCGAAUAAAACACGAAAUAUUCAAAUGCUCAAGAUUAAUACUCAAUCAACUGUAUUCAACAUGAUUGUCCUCAAUAAUAUCCAGCUGCACUGAGAUUUUGGUAAUGUCAUGUCAAUUAAUAAAUAUUACCAUGUGGAUUUUGUUUUUAUAUAUUUCUCUUUUUAAUAAUUAUUAAAAACUACACCCAAAAAGAAGAAGAAAGAAAGCCCUAUCAUCCCUGGACUUUUUGUCUACAACGCUCCCUUCUUCCUCUAUCAAAUCUACCUAUCCCCAUCCUCCAUUGUUGCUCCCUUCUUCCUCUAUCAAAUCUACCCAUCCUCAUCCUCCAUUGUUGUUGAGAUUUGGAGUUUUCUCAAUAAAACAAGAAAUUAAAAAACCCUAUUGUCUGUAGCCUCACAUCGAUUUGUUAUUAUUUAAAAAAAAUUGUAAAUUUGACUCUUCCCCUUCAAAUUAAUAUUUUCUUACAUACCAAAAAAUAAAUAAAUAAAUAAAACCCUAAACUCUUUCUGAAGGUGAAACUAUGAGCUAGCACUAUAACCACCGCGGCUUCCCCAUCUUCCAUCUUUCUCUCCUCAUCUCCCUUUCUCCUUUCCUAGUUUUCUUCCCCUCUCAUCUUCUCUCCCUAGAUUAUUUUGGAUUUUGGGUCCUCUUGCUCAAAUCUAUCUAGAUCUUGUCUUUUGUUUGUUUGUUUGUGUGUUUUCUGUUGUAGGUACUUGGUGACUUUUGUUGUUCUUGGAUGUGUCUUGCUAUUGCUGGGAUGGUUGUAGUAUGAUGUUGUCGACCCAGCCUUUUUCUUUGGUUUUCGUUGUGUUUUUGAAGCAAGUACUGCAAUCCACAGUAGGCGCCAUGAUUUUGUUGCAACUUUUGGUCCACUCAUAUGGAUUUUGCUCCAGUUCAGUGUUUGGAGUUGGAAAAGUGAUUGUUGCCGGCUUGUGUGAGAUUGGGUUUUGCCUGUGCAAAAUAAGAGGUUUAGUCAUGUUGGUGCUACGAGUCUCUUUGGUUUGCUAGAGAGGAUGUGGUGCGACAUCCUUGUUUCUGUGUUGAUUUUAGUCUAAUAAUUCUCAGAAACUCAAUAAGAGUUUGUUGAUGUUUAUAUUUAGUAUUCGACUUUUCGAUGCGGAUUUGCCAUUACUCCCGUUGCUCAGUGGAUCUAUAUUGUAGGUCUGAAUACAGGUGCUUGUCUAAUGAAAUUAGAGGUUUUAGGUUUUUUUGGCAUGCAUAAUUCUCUCCAGAUCAAACCAAUUUAGUUUUGUAUUUGGUCACUGGAGAUGAUGUACUCAUAUUUGGCAUUGCAACUGCUCUGUACUUUUUUCUGUGUUAUCAAUAAAAUUAUUAUCGCUUUUAAUAAAU